AUGAGAAAGUCACAGACCAAGACGAAACAAGCCCCGCCAGCGCGUCGGCCUUUCGAUCCAUUGUCACAAUAUGAACAACAACGACAGCAAGAGACUGCCAUGGCCCUCACGAUCCGGGGGAACCCACCCAGAAACAAGUCCGAUUCAUGGGAUGAGAGUACAAGGAACUCGGGAUCCAGCUCUGCCAUGACGAGAAACAGAUCUAUCUCACGACCACCAACACGCCGACCAGACUCUGAUGGACUCUCAACAGUGUCCGAGGCCAUUACUGCCUCUGACGCCUCGACUGUAUCCACCAACACUGUCUCAUCUACAUCUCCAUCACCACCUCCACGGAGCCAACGACAGGAUUCAGGCAGAGGCUUCAUGUUCCAACCUCCUCAACUCCGCUUCCGAAGCACUCAAGACACACGAUCACCAGAGCCUUCACCCAGAAUGUCAUACAUGUCGGAUGACAACUACGACUCAGCUUCAGAGGUUGGCUGGGCCACUUCAUCCAAUGUCUCUGUCUCAACAAGGGCUACUACUGUCAUGAGCGACAGUGAAGAUGACUGUGCCAAGACCCCAACACGGUCUCGUUCCAUCGUGCGUAAUACAAGCAUGAGCACAUCUCAACAAUCUCGACCUACAGAGAAGAGAGUUGAGUUUGAGACAGAUCGACAGCUUGAGCGCCGAACAGAGCGUGAGGUUGAGAGAACAUCUGGUCGACAGGUUGAGCGUCAACAAGAGCGGACUAAGGAACGAUCACGAAGUCGUGGUCGGACUUUUCACAUCCACAUUGAGCCCAAGGCCCAAGAGCCUGCGAGCAAUACCAACAAUCAGCAGCAACAGCUACAACAGCAACCGCAGCAACAACAGCAGCAGCAACCACAGCAACUGCAGUUGCAACAGCCUCAACAGCAACAGCAGCACCAACAGACUACCGUCAACCCGCAGAAUGCCAUGGUUUCAUCGUCGGUCACCCAGACCACUACAUCACAGACCUACACGCAUCAACCCAUGAUGGCUCAACAGCCCAUCGUCAGCCAUCAGCCUGCUGUUGCUCCUCAGCCCAUGAUUGCCCAGCCUGUCAUGCAACAGCCCUUGAUGUUCCCUGCUCAGCCUAUCAGCCCUCCUGUCAUGCAACCCAUCAUACAGCAGCCCUUCCAGCAGCCCAUGGUCCAGCAACAACCCGUUGUUCAACAGCAGCAGCCUCAGCCUGCUCCACCAGUUCAACGCAUCCCUGAAGAGCGUCAGCUUCCUGAGCCUACGCGUCCUCCUUCUCGGCAACGGGCCCGCUCUCGCGUUGACGUCGAGCGGACUAUGAACAAUGAACUCGAGAACCUCAGAGGCGAGCUCAAGUCUCUCAAGGCCAAGCAGAAAGAGACUCUCAAGGAUCUUGAUGACGCUCGGUACAGACUCUCUCACAUGCAGUCCGAUAAGGAUGAGCUUCGAGAUGAGAGGAACAAGGCCCAAGCUACCAGGGACAGACUCGUUAUCGAGUUUGAGGAGCAGACCAGGCUGCUUGAGAGAACAAGGACACGCCUUGAUGAGCAGCGCCGCACCUUGGAGAGGUUCGAAAAGGACCGCGACAUGUCAAUUGACAAGGUCAAGAAGGAUCGUGACCAAGUCCUUGACCGCUUCAAGCGUGAGCGUGACCAAGCCAUGGAGGUCGUGGACAAGUUCAAGAGAGAACGCGACCAAGCUGUUGAGCAAGCCCAGCGAGAUCUCGACUUGACCAUCUCAAAGUCCAAGAAGGAUCGCGACCAAGAGUUGCAGAGACUUCAGCGCGAGCGAGAUGAAGUCAUCCAGCGCAUCCAGCGUGAACGCGAUUCUGUUGUCGACAGACUCCAGAAGGACCGUGAAGUCGCUGCUGAGAAGGCCAAAAAGGAUCUCGAUGUCUCCAUUGCCAAGUCCAAGAAGGAGCGCGAUUCUGCUAUCGCUAAGCUCCAGAAGGAACGUGACCAUGCUCUUGAGCAGGUCAAGAGGGAGAGAGACCAGGCUAUCAACCAGGCCAAGAAGGAGCGUGACCUGAUUGUCUCGAAGCUCACCAAGGAGCGAGAUGAGCUCUUACAGACUGAGCAGAACUUCAGCAACAGAGUCAAGGAGCUUGAGGACCAUCUCGCCAAGCACCGAGAGCUCAAGGCUGCUCUUGAGAGAAACUAUGAGGAUCUCAAGAAGACAAGCCAAGAGUCUACUCAAUCCUAUAGCAAGUUUGAAGCCAAGGCUAUCAACUUGGAGAGAGAGCUCGAGGACAUCAAGGCUAUCCGCAAGGCUCAAGAGACAACCUAUCAAGCUCGCAUUGCAACCAUGGAGAUCUCUCAAGAGUCCAUGCAGUUCCGCGUCAGCAACAUGGAAGAAGAUCUGCUCGACAAGGCCAAGGAGCUGGGCGAGCUCACUGUGGAGCGUGACCGCUACAAGACAGACAGCGAGAACUCCAAGUCUCAAGUCGAGUCUCUGAACAAGGACAAGUCAGGCCUUGAGGAGGACAAGAAGAACAUGCUUAAGCAAAUCACUGAUCUCACAAGCGACAAGUCAAGACUCCAGGAACAGCUAACGGGACUCGAAACCGACAAGAAGGCACUCGAAGCGCAGGUCACGACACUCCAGGCUACGAUCGACGACUUGAGGAAGGAGAAGGAUACCUGGACCAAGGACACAGAGAGUAAGGACGCCCGAAUUGCUGGUCUUGAUACCGAGAACGGAGAGCUUAAAUCGCAGAUCGAAUCAAUCGCUAAGGAGAAGGAGGCGGUGGCGAAGGAGGUGGAGGAGGUUGAGACGAAGAGGAAGAAGUUGAAGAAGAAGUAUGAGCAGCUGCACGGGGAGAACAAGACGAUGAAGGAGCAGGUCAGGAGUUUGUUGAAUGAUCAGGACGAUCAGACGUCGCAGGUGUUGAGGUUGGCGGUUGAGGUGAAGAGUCUGAGGUCGGAGAACUCGAGUCUCAGGUCUUUGUCGGAUACUGCGAGCGUGGUGUCGAGUUCGCUGUCGACGAUCUCGAGCUCUGUUAGUACGGUUGAUGACACUGCUAGUGUUGUCUCUGAUGCUACAGAGAAGCCAGACCCUGCGAGUGUGCCGCAGCCUGCCUCAGUUGAGGAUGUACCUGAGACUGAGGAUGUGAUCGUUGUCGAGGAGGAGGUUGAGGAGGCUGCACCUGCGCCUGCACCCGCAGCUGAAGUUGAGCCCGAGGCUGAGGAAAAGGCUGAGGAGGUUGAAGCUCCGGCUGACGCUCCUGUUGAGACUCCAGUUGAAGCUCCAGCUGAGCCAGAAGUCCCUGCGGAGGAGAAGGCUGAGGCUGAGGCACCUACUGAGGAGAAGGCCGAAGCUGAAGCACCCGCUGAGACUCCGGCUGAAGAGGCAGCACCUGAGCCUGAGCCCGAGGCUGUCCCAGCACCUGAAGAGCCCGCUGCUCCCACCGUCGAGGAACUUCAAGGCGAGAACACAGAACUCAAGGAGAAAGUUGCCACUACCACAGCUGAACUUGACGACAUCACCGGCAAGCUCACCGCCACCGCAGAAAACGCUGGUAAACUCCAACUCAGCGUUGAUACCCUGACUACCGAGCGUGACGAAGUCACCAAGAAGCUCGCCACCGUCGAGGAAGAAGCAGCGGCUCUCAAAGAAAAAGCCGCCUCCGUCGAUACCCUCACCACCGAACGCGAUGAUCUCAAAAGCAAGCUCACCGCCGCUGAGGAAAACGCAGCCAAGCUCCAAGAGAAAGUCUCCACCGUCGAUGCCCUGACCGCUGAGCGCGAUGAACUGACCAAGAAGCUUGAGAGCGCUGAACGAGAAGCUGUUGUGCUGAAGCAGCUCCGCACUGAGAACAACAAGCUCAUGAAGCAGCUUGAUGAGGCAAAGAAGGCCCAGAAAGCUGCCAAUGCGGAGGUCAACUCGCUUCAGACUCAGGUUGCUGCUCUUGUCGCUCAGAUUAACAACGGCGGCAUGACGAGGAGUAAGAGUGGUGGGGGGAGGAAGCCCAUCAAGGAUCCGAAAAGGGCGCAAGAGCUGGUCAUUGUUCGGGAUCCUCGGAAUGGUAGUGGACUGAGCCAUAUUGUGCGACGACGCAACCUCAACUCCUCUGCGACAAGGUCUUCUUCUCAGUCUGAUGGAUCGGCUGAUGCUUAG